AUGGUGAGGGUUAUAACGGAUCUCUUUGACUACUAUCUCAUAUCCGAACGUGGACAUCAUGGGACGGGAAGCAGCGACGAAAAGGUAGCUCUCCACCUGUUAGGCGAUUGCGUUCACUUCAAACGAGUUUCAAGGAAAUGGAUAGCUAUCAACCCGAAUACUGAUAUUGUGAUGAGUUUAGAUAUGUUGUUGCUGGAUGCAAAGGGAGAUGUCAUUUGGGUUCAAGUUCCCCGGAACUUGAUUAAGAGAUUUGAUUCGAAGAUUAAAGAACAAGCCAUCUAUAUCAUUGCGAAGUUCAAAGUGAGUCAAUUAACUGACAACAAGAAGUAUCGUCCUGUUAAGAAUCCAUUGUGCAUUGAGUUUCAACCAGGGACAACCAUUCGCCCCACGGACAUUACACAACCCAUCCCUCGCCACAUCUUCAGAUUCAUCGAGCAUUCUGACAUACCCAAGAACAUCAACAACAGAUUGGUUUUGCUUGAUGUUGUUGGCCUGGUGAAGGUAUGUUUGGCUCCUAUUACCACAACUAAUCUGAGAGGGAGGUCUACUCGCAAGGAAAUUAUGAUCAUGUUGCUUGAGGGAGUUAUGGUGACUUUAGUAAUUUGGGGACGACUUAUCACUCAACUAGAUGAAGUCAUCUUGGCAGCCGGUACCGGGCCAAUCAUUUUGGUUAUUUCUUCUGUGUUUGUUACAAAGUACAAUGGUGAGGUGAAAUUAUCAUCGUCAAGUGCGACCAAAUUUUAUGCAAGUUUAGAAUUACCUGAAGUUGCAGCCUUCCAGCAAAGUUGUGGUGCAAGGAAUCAUGAAUUAAGUUCUCCACGGUUCCUUGAACGAGAAGUUGAUCCCCCACCAAUUUUCAUAGAAGAUUUGAUGAGCUUGCUUAGCAACUCUGCCAAUAUGAAUAAGGUGUUCACUAUUAGCGGCAACGUUUGUGAAGUCAUGCACAACUGGUGCUACGAUGGUUGUGCGAAAUGUUCCUCCAAAUUGCGUGCUGGAGUGGAUCAUUUCUACUGUGAAAAGUGUAAUGUACGCUCAAUUCAAUCAGUGAAAAGGUUUCGGUUUGAGCUGUCUGUGAUAGACUCAUCUGCCGAAGCACUUUUUGUUGUGCUGGAUCAUGCAGCCGGUAAUUUUUUUUAUGAGACGGCUGAAGAACUUUACACUUCGAACGAUCAACAACCUACUGGGGUUCCAUCUGUUAUUCAGAACUUUCAAGGGCUAGAUGUCACAUUACAAGUCAAACUCAAUUCAUACACUUUCAAAAAUCCAGGACAUGGAUUUAGUGUCGUGAAGAUUGUUGAGCCUGAAGGGGUACAUCAGCUACGCACUAAAACGUCUAAACCUGGUCAGCACUCCAAGGAAGGAAAUAAGUCUUCACCUUCACCCAUCACUGUCGUGGGACAACAAUCUACCGGAGAAUCCAUUCUGGAUACUACAAUUGCAGUUGGGCAUGUACAGGAAGGAGAUGGUAGCCUUGAUGGUGGUGUUUGUAUGCCUCUGAAGAGGAAGUUAAUUGAGGAGGAGUAG